AUGAUGGAAGAAAGUAAAGAAGAACUAGAAUAUACUCCGGAAGAUAUAAGUGAAGAAUAUGCAACAUUUUUUGUUGCCAGUCGUACUGUUUAUGGAGUUGCAUUAACAUCACUGUUACAUGAGAUAAAAAAACAAGUUGGAGCAAUUAAAAUUUCUCUUAAACUUGGAGAAUCAAUUUAUGACAAAGAAUAUAUUAUCAAAGGACACAUGUAUUGUAAUGAAUUGACUAAAUUAUUAACCCUACUGGAGGGAUGUGAUGAAAAAGUUCAACAAUAUUUAAUGAUUUCAAAGUCUAUUAGUAAUAUACAAAAACUAAAUUCAAUAAUUGAUCAUUUUUCAAUAUCUUAUAAUUUAUUAACUAAAAAUAAUUAUAAUGAUAACAGUAAAGUAUUCAAUGAUUUUCUAUUUAAACUUCUUACUGGCGAGAUUUUUGGAUGGGAACCAGUAAAUCCUGACGUAAUAUUAAAAGAAAAUCUUCCUAAAAAACCUGUUUUUAUAACAAAAAAUAAUAAUCGCCGUACGCAGUUGAAAAGUUUGCAACAUUUGCCGUUGUUUAAUUAA